CCCAACAACACCUGGUGACUCAUAUUCAGGAUGUCGUCCUUCUUCUAACUGUCCAAUUCUUUCGGCUUUGUGACUUUCUCGAUAGACACAGUUUGUCCAAAAGCAUUGCUCCUAUCCAACGGUCCAUUUGUGCCUCUGGCUUAAUUGUCAACAUUAUUACGUUCUUGUCUCAAGAUGACUUCAUUACUUACAAAACAUCAAAUAUCUGAAAUAUUCCACGUUAGCUGGCAUAAAACACAUCUAUUACGACACUCUGUAUCUCAAGUUGCUCUAUUACCCGUUUGAGUCGGCUCUUGUAUCCUUAUUGCUACUCAGUUUAUCUUACCCGCCAGCAUUGCGGUUUACCGCCGCAAGUACAUCCUGCCGACAGGACCAUGGCGUCCAUAUUUACGUUCGACCCCGACCCUCCUAGGGUCUCUUCGCCGUGGUCAACUUCGGGUUCUUCCACCCCUCAAGUGACCGGGGCUGGAAAUCGAAGUUCAGCGUCUCAAGCACGCUCGAGCACUCAUUUAGUGAGUGUAGACCAUGAUUUCCUGUCUGACUAUGGUAUUACAAAACUGGAGCCGGAGCCCCAAGAGGGCCCGACGGAGUAUAAGCUGCAUCUACUUUUGCGCCCUCGGCGACUUUAUACUUCAAUAUCCACGGGCAAUCUUGUGGGUGGAUCGUAUCAUUCAAGAGUAAACUUGAGCACCUCAGGCCCUAUACUGUCAUCAGUUGAGGAGUCAAGUUUAAGAUUGCCGCAGGCCCGCUCCACGGAAAGCCGUCAGCAGCGUCUGCAACAAUUGACAACCCAAUUGCUAUGGCGUCUGCAGCAGUCGUCGCCUUUUCACUCGUCUACUACAGCCAAUCUUGUUCUGCCGGUUCUUCCGGAAGCAACGCCCAAACUAGGAGCUACCCAAAAACCGUCCCGUUUGCUUCCCGGUCUCGAGGAGAGCCAAGGUGCGUUGUACGAGAUUGGAGUUUCGGACGACGGAACCUUUGUUGGGCUUAUUGAGGAUGAGUUAGAAGAAAGCUUGACCAACUUGCAGGCUAUGGCCGCAAGUUUAGGCUGCAAAGUUGACAUUCUCCGCAAGGUUGUUGUUGGGGAUUGCGAAUGGGCCGAAGACCUGGACCCAAGUAAAGUCCGCGCCGAAAGCCUUUGGGUCGCAGAAGCGCUGGUCAGUCCAGAUUGGGACUAUUACCGCGUAAAAUCACCCCAAGCCGGAUUACGCGAGCAUAACCUUGUGUCGCCAAAUGUCACGAAGGAUUCUCUCCUAGAGGGAGGCUUUUCCAGUACCGACCAGGUCCGUGUAUCGAUUGUUGGGCCUAAUACUGCCGGUAAAUCUUCGCUUCUGGGCACUUUGACAUCGUCUGUCCUGGAUAAUGGACGGGGAACAAGCAGGUUAGGUCUACUAAAGCACAGACAUGAGAUUUCGUCUGGCGUCACUAGUUCUGUUGCGCACGAACUUAUCGGGUAUACUGCGGACAGUUCAUCCAACGAUGGUGUCGAUGUGAUAAACUAUGCUUCAGGGAACGUCGCGGCGUGGGAUGAUAUCCAUGCCGCUUCAGAGGGGGGACGUCUGGCCUUCGUCUCUGAUCUUCCCGGCUCCGUUCGAUUUCUCAAGUCCACCUUGAGGGGAAUGAUCAGCUGGGCACCCCAUUAUGUCUUUAUGUGUAUCCCUGCCAAUUGCGAGGAAGAUACAUCUUCGGACUCUAGCCCCGACGCGGCGGAACAAGCUACAGAUAUCAAUCUGGCUCUAUCCUACUUGGAAAUCUGCAUAAAAUUAGGAAUUCCUAUCGUCGUCGUGGUCACCAAGAUGGACCUUGCAUCACGUGCGGGACUGCGGAAUACCCUUGCCAAAGUUCUGUCAGCAUUGAAAGUCUGUGGCAAGAAGCCCGCCAUGCUUCCUGUUCAAUCUCGUAUAUCCGAGAAAGGCGUGGAUUUGCAGCAUAUCGGACUAGCAGAUGCGCAAGAAGCAAGAAAAAUCAUAGCUGCAACGGAAGAUUGGGGUGUGACAGUCCCAAUAGUCCUUGCUAGUGCUGUCGAUGGUUCAGGGGUCGGAAAGCUUCAUGCAUUCCUUCGAUAUCUGCCGGUUCCCGUCAGACCAUCCCUGCGAACCAUCGACGUGCCGAAACCAUUACCAGCCGUCCAACGGCCCGCGAAUAUUUUUGACAUUGAUGAAGUAUUCGCCAUUCCCCCGUCGAAAGUGACGCACACGAACGAUUUAACGUCUCUUGCCCUCAGUUGCUCCGCCCUCCAUUCUCUCGCGAUACCCCAGAUGUAUUCUCGGUUCGACAUUGUUUGGCCCGAUGCCUUCCCACAGUCAGAUCACCCCGCCGGUGUGGAUGCCCUUUCGUACGGCCUUGCAACACUCGUUAUGGGAGAAGAUAUAUUUCACGAAGUUCCCUCGGGCAUCUCCAGGCGUUCCUGCUCACAUUGCGGCUGCGACAGCUAUCAUACACCAAUUCAACCCAGUACGGAUAAUGCACGGAAAGUCCGUAGAGGGAACUAUUUUGCACAGUAUACCCGCAAGUUUUCCGUCGGGAAUGGCCCUCCGGACUGGGUUCAGGAGUACUCAGUCACCAAGGAGACAGGCAAGAUGCUAGGGACGUUGGUUGCUUUGGCCGUGGCUCGGAUGAUAAAUCUGGAGACUUUCGUAUGGGACAUGCCAACCGGCGUAGUUCGAGACGUAUGGAUUGCACUCUCGUCGCUGGCAGACCGACCUGGACAUGACUGCCGCCUCGAAAAUGUUUGGAUUCGAUGGCACGAUAACUCGGAAAAUACGAUGCGCUCUUUAUCGGGAGUUCCCACCACCUCGUCACUAACUCUUCCGGACACUCAAAAUACCCCUGUCCCUCCUGUCAGCAGCUCAUCACUCCUACGGAAAUACGGCCACGUAGAAUACCCGUCGCUGUCCAUAUUGCCGUCGCUGAAAAGCUUGAGUGUACUUGAUAUAGAUGAGCCCUCGUACCUCGAAGAAAUGGCCGUACUUAUCCAACGAUCGCGGGAACGGCUGAAGGAACUUCGCGUCGGCAUUUCAUCAAAGGUUUAUCAAGCUGAGUGGCUGAAGUCGCCGGGCGGCUCGCAGCCGGACCAACAAACUGCCCCUGCCACGAUGUCAGGAUGGCCAAAAGCCGGAGGCGUACUUGGGGCAUUACUAGGCUGGCCUGGUCGUCAGACUUCGGAAUCUCCCUUGAAAAAGGAAGAACCAGUUCAGGAAACGGGUAAUCAAGGAUCUGGUGAGACUAAUGUUCAGAUUGAAAGCUCCGCUCCCAGUAACGCAAGCCCGGAAGCUCCCUCCCCACAGUCACCUGAAGCAAAUCCAACGGACAGUGUGACAGAACCACAGAACCCUCCUGAAAUUACAAACAAUACCUCUCUAGGCCUUGCUGGGCAGAGUGUAAGCCCAUCCCCAGACUCCAAAGCACCUCGGGAGGCUGCAAGGAAGCCUUCGAAAACACCUCAUUCAUCUUCACCGGGCCCCAAUCGCCAGGUUCUAAAGCUAGAGAUUCUCGAGCUGGAGCGGGUGUCUAUAUCUGCCCAUGUUUUACUGGACACCCUCGAUUGGACCCGUAUCAGCACGCUCACUAUUCUUCGGUGUGAAGGUCACGAAAAGCUAUGGAGAGCCCUUCGUAGGCGAUUCACACCGUCUACAACGCCCCGCACGAGGCCAAAAUAUGGAAGAAAAGAGAGCAUUAGCCACGAAAAAUCUGUGCCUGAGUUCCCAUUAAGGGUCAAACAUAUCCACACAGACGCGGUUUCACCUUAUUUACUGCUGUUCAUCAAGGACUCCCUCUGCCCUGGUACUCUUGAGACCCUGUUCCUGCACGGAGCCCCCCUUCACGACUCUGCCGUUCACAUUGACGCAAUAUACCGCAACGUGAUCCGGAAUCAUCGGUCGAGCCUGAGAAAGUUGUUGGUAGACAGCACUGAACGAUCGACAGGGGGUCACGAAAUAGGUACCACCCGCUGGCGGAAGUGGAUGUUCACGCGGGAGAUGAUUACGUUUAUCACUAGCGGACGAAUGCCAAAGCUGCGUGAACUUUCCAUGACGCUCGACUCCAAAGACUGGCACUAUUUCCUACAAAGACUUCCUUACAUUCCCCAACUGCGUGCCCUCCACAUCCCGCAUAUUGUCCGUCCAAUACAUCUGGAUUUGAAGGAGCUUGCUCUGCAGGUUCUAGAUAUUGUCACCCUCCGGCCGGAAAUCGGCCUCGGUUACGUGGGAAUGCAAAGCAAAUGCUAUGAAAUCCUGGAGGGCAAGAGCAGCGACCCGUAUGAUUUUCCCGAAACAGACGACAUUCAUAGCGAAGGAUUCGUUCCUGGAGCUGAGAAUUGGGCUGGGUCGGAUACCAACGACGAAGACACUGAUGACGACGGUAGCACGAUGGGUUCCCACUCGGAACUGUCCUCGGAUGAUCGUAGAUCGCUGGACGAUGGCGACUCUGACUACGAGAGCGGCCGGCCACACGUCUCGUUCCGGUUACGUGAAAUUCUGUUUUAUGAUGACAAAAUAGCCAUUUUCAAAGCCCGGCAUGGCGUUUUAUAAUAAGUGGAUAGGAUAGGCAGGCACAUGGCAGGGCGGGCGUUGGUAAUGAUUUAUUUGUAACUUCUUGCUUGCUACAAGAUACCACGGAGCGAUAAGCCAGUGUCGCAUUUAAUUAAGUGUUUAUUCUCGGU